AUGAAUAGACGAGUUUGUAGGCCCCGGUCAGAUAAACGUAGGAAAAGCUGAAAUUCGCACAACAAAGUCGCUACUCCUCGAUUUGAACCUAUAACGCAGCAAAAUACGCUUGAGUCGGAAUAACAUCUAUUGUGGAAUGCAUCUAAAGUCUAUCCAAGUGUUUUUGGAAACCGGUGAAUGAUAACGAGAAACGAAAGUUUGGGAGAUCAAUCAUUCAACUGAAACGAAUCGGCCACGCGGCAAAAUCAUCUUGAACAAAUUGUUGAGAGAACAGUGGGUUGAAAAAUGUCUUAUGAAAACGUCCCUUGUGCGAGUCCUGACACAGAAAGAGAUGAGGAGCCUGCUCCAUCUCUCUACGGCAUCGAGACAGCGGACGAAAACCUGCAAUUGGCGAAAAAGAGAAUUGAACCAAUUGUACCACCAUCACGACUCGCAGAAACUGCUAACAUUGAAGACCACUUGAUAAUGAAUGAGGAAGAGAUCGCUCAAGCUACGAGGGUUAAUAGAAAAGACUUUGAAUCCGAAGGGAAAGAGAAACGCGAGGAGGAAUCAAUACCACGAAGUGAAGAUGAUCGAAAUAGUUACGGCUCCCUUCCACCUCGCGCUCGCUGGAGGAGAUGGGGUGAAUACGAGACUCAGCCCAACGAAAAUACGAACGCGGCAGAGGUUCCGACUUGUGAGUUUAGCGAGAGAAAUGACAGAAGUGAUUCAGUUAUUAAACACGCUCACGAUGCAAAAGAAGAGGAGUCCACUCGCGGAAAAAUAUCGCUUGAUCGCGAGGACUAUAUGAGCUUGCAGUGCAACGAAAACAUUUCGCGGGAUGAUGGCGGUGCGGCGAGAAGUAAUGUGGACCGCUCGCGCGGCGGUGUCUAUUAUUAUCAUCGUGACGAAGCGAGUGGUAAAUCUAUGGUGUCGAGAGAUGGAGACGGCUAUGAAAGCGAUACUGACAGGUCUCGUAAAGCACCGGAAACUGAUAGUCAGAAACCUCAAGAUCAGCAUGCUGUACCUCAAGCAUAUCACAUGCACUACCCAAACAUUAUGACACUUUCUCAAGCAGGCGGUAUGGUAGGAGCUCAAGCUUUAGCUGGAAUGCCUGCUCAUUUACUAAGAGAGCAUUUGAUGCGCAUGCACUUUGCUGGAGAUGGGAGACAACCUAGUCAGCGGGGCGACUAUGCCUCCAGUCGACCUGAGCAGCAAGUCCCUGUGGCCAGUAGCCCCGGUGAUUCAGCUGAAUCAGUGUAUAACGCCCUUCCCAGACAUGCUCAACCCGUAAACACUGGCAUCCAGUACGUGGAUCGCCAGGGUCUAGUGCAACAGGGGUUCGCAGUAAUCCCUGGAAUUGGCCCUGUCCAGGUCUCCAUGGAUGGUAAUGGGGGGGUGUAUUAUUCAGCCAUUCCCAUGGGCGCAACAGAUCCAAGCCGUUAUGACAAUUUCACAAGUAUACAGGCUUUCAAUAAAAUGCAAGCUGAGAAUCAGGCGAGACUACAGACCCAGCGGCCUUCAGCAGGAACCACCGUCUCCACAAGUGAGCAACAGCAGCCACACCACAGCAAAGAAAGCACACAGAAUGCUGCAAAGUCAUACACUAGCUCCAUGCAUACAAAUGCAGUCCUAUCUCCAACAUCUUCUGAAGAGCUAAGGUCAACUGCUUCCCCCAGCCACCAGAGUGGAAGCAGUAGUCCAACUCCAACUUCCCAGGAUGAGUCCAGCGAUAAGAAAAUACUGCAAGCAAAAGCAAAGGGGAGACCCAGGCCUUAUGGCUCCCGGCCGGAAAUCAAAUGUGAACAAUGUGGUAAAAUCUUUGGUUCGUCUAGUGCUCUCGCGAAGCAUAAGCUUACACACAGUGAUGAAAGGAGAUAUGUCUGUUCCAUCUGCAGUAAAGGAUUCAAGAGACAGGACCACCUCAACGGCCACAUGGUUACACACCGGGAUAAAAAACCCUAUGAGUGUAGUUAUGCAGAUUGUGAUAAGAGUUACUGUGACAUGAGAUCACUACGGCGACACUUAGAGAACCACCAUGCCGCCAACCAAGCCGCCAGCGGUAGUGGCAGCAGUAAUGGUAGCCGCACAGCCAGUCCUGCCCCACCAGUCGAAAAGCCUGCUGGUAAUACCGUCAGUGCUGUCACUGUUGUCCCAGCUAUUGGGCACAUGGAGUCAUCAACCAACAAGAUGGUGGUCAAGCCUGGGCGCGGCCGUCCACCAAAGGAGAGGGGCUUAAAUAUUGAGGGUACAGACUCGGGACGCUCAACACCAUGCAGCACUGGUGAGCCUGGACACGACCAGGGAAAUAAGUUGAGUAAAAGAGAAAGGAGCAGUGAUAGUUGUAGCUCAGAUGGCUCUGAUGGACCCCCCAAUAAGUUAGCCGCUGCCGAGCCUAAACCUCAUACUGCGAUGGCCAUGCUGAAGCAAGCUGCUGAGCGUGUGCAGGAGCAGCGUAAACAGCAUGCAUUGGUAGAGCAGCAGCAGCAGCGUUUCUCACAACACCCUUACAUGGUACUUCAUGACGGCCUAGCUUACCCACCCCAGUUGUACGCAGCACAGGUUUAUCCAGGGCAGGAUCCAAGAUUCGGGGUGUACCCCUAUCCCCAGAUGUUUGCACAACAGGUUUAUCAGCUAAGCAAUGGGCAGGGUGUUGUUAUUGGUGGUCAGGACCUUCAGCGUCAGCAGCUUGCAAGCAGGCUCCAAGCUGAAGUCGAGAGGCAAAAUGAGCUAGCCAAGCAGAAGGCACAGAUGCAAGGACAGCAAUCGGCCCAGCCGUCACCAAUGCAAGAGUACCCCUCACCAAACGACAACAGGCCGGAUGGACUCUAUCGCCAGAAAAUAGCCACUUCAGGUACUCCGACUGAUGCGACCGCCAUUGCUCUUGCCACUGCUAAGGACACCGCCCAGCAUUUGUACUCACGGGAAAGCUACUUUGGUGUACAUCCAUCUGGGACACAGUGGCAACCGGUUCGGUAUGAUGAGACUAUUCAACAUUCUACCUCUGAUAUGGGCAACGUCAAGACAUGUCACUCCCAGUCCCCUGAUAGUGGCACAUCAAGUGAUGUAGAGGACAGGUACCCCCGUGGGGUACAUUUUGCUGCAAGUGUCCGACCCGAUAACAUUGAUAUCCCUAGGAAACCAAGAGAGUUUUCCCAACAGGGAGGAAACCAUUCGCAAACAGACAUUAAACAUUCCAGAGAGCACAGAAAUGAUAGUGACAAAGACAAUUCAGUUUUUAGAAACCCUUCAGAUAUUGUUUCUCCUCGACGGAAGAGGCCAAGGCCUGAACCGCUCAAGAUCCCGCCGUCUGUUAGUACAGCAUACAACAGUCCGGCCUCCCCGCAUGGACGUAACAGGACCUGCUCGCCACCCUACACUCCACCACCUAUGCUUAGUCCAAGGAGUAUCUUCAGUCAUGUGAAUGCUGCCGGGAAUCUCACACCAAGAUCCGGGGUUCCACCCAUGCCAAUGACACCCAGUCGUCUCAUGCUGAGUGCCCGCAGACUUAGCAGCAAUGAUGUCGAUGAUGAACUAACAUUCCCUGAACCGAAAAUCAAUAUUGGUCCCCAAUUCCAGGCUUCAAUUCCAGAUGUUAUUGCACCUAAAGAAAAUGCAAGGCAUGAUGACCAUAAAGCAACGUUAGUCUGGUAUCCAGUGGACGAACGGAAAAGAGGGAGAAGAGAAGAAAUUGAAGCUUUCUUAGACAUGGCUUGUUCUGUGGCUGUUGUUGGUGGAGGCUCUAACAAAGAGUAUGCAUUGCAUAUACUUCACAAAGCAGGAGGCAAUCUAAAGGAAGCAGUACGGCUAUUAUUAAGUAAGAAGCAUGUGACCAGCCCAAGUGAUCCUAUGUAUAACUACCACUACGAAGGAUCUGUAAAAUGGGCUUCUAAAGAAAGACAAACAUUCAGAAAUUCUUUUAGACUCAAGGGAAAAGACUUCAAUGACCUCAAGAAAGAGAUCGGUGAGACGAAGACAGUCGGAGACUGUGUCGAGUUCUACUACUUGUGGAAAGCAACACAUCCCGAAGCUGUCCGAGGCAGGACUCGCUACGUCGAUUCCGACUCGGAGGAAGAGUACGAAGAGGAAGACACUGGAAGUGAAACCAACAGCAAUCCUUCACUUUUUGAGUGUGAUUUCCCAGAUUGCAGCGCGAAAUUCGUCUCCAGACAAGCGCUGAACGGCCACAUACGCGUCCAUGGCGGGAGCUUUAUGAAGCCUAGCGAGCCGCGCAAACGACGUGCACCCCCACCAACCCUGGACCUAGAUCACGUGGUAGUUAAGAGGCGAAAGCCCCACGUGCCUGCCCCGCCCCCGAUGCCAUUAGUGGAAGGGGGGCCUCUCCCAGAGUUCGCCUGCAAAGUCUGUGGACGAAUUUUCCACAAGAUUAAGAGUCGGUCAGCACACAUGAAAACUCACGUGAAAAGGCCGGACGACGACGAUAAGAACUCGAUCCACCGACAAUAAAUCGACAGAACUCGGAAGUUAGUCGGGCGUAGAAUGUACGAGUAGUCGGAGUGUCAAAAAAGGCGAACUUUCAAAGUAACCUUAUAGAGUUCUAGCUAAUUUGUCAGACGAUUCCGAGAUAAGCAUGUUGGGAAAAUCUAGAUAAAAUUUGGCAUGGAAAAAUUUUGGUUAUUUGCAUUUUUUCAUGCGAGAUGUGAUUGUUCUUUUGUUACACUCUUCACAGCAUAGAAACUGAUUAUAAAUCCUGCUGUAAUUUAGCGGGCUGAAUAAGAAAGUGCAUUGUUAAAGAAAAUGAAGGCUCAUUUUGAAAUAAUAUACCGUGACAAAACUUUGUAUUUGUGCUUGGUGUAUAACUAAUUUAUUGUAAUUCAGCGAGGCAUGGGCCUAAUGAGAGUACCGGUUUAACUUAUAGCCUUUGCUUUUUUUCACUCUUUCUUCGUCAGAAUUGGCCCGUCAUAUUUGUACAUUUGUAUUUAUAUUCUGGCGUACUAUUUCGCCGUUUCUAUUGUAAAUUAAACACGGGCCAAGUAUAUAUUUUAAAUAAUCAAUGAAGCCCUAGGUUCACUAUGACAGAGAUAGCAAAUUCUUCCUAAAACCUCGAAAUUGAGAGUUGUUAUUAUAUGUAAAAAUAUAUUCUACGCCAUGGUUCAUUAGCAGUGUACGAAUUGCUACGUUUAAACAGGAUCUUGCCGUUAUUAUCGGUUUAAUUUAACCGCACGAUAAAUCAUUUAGACAUCGCAACUCCAAAUAUUUGCUUGAAUUUUAUUUGAUAUUAUCUUUAAUUAAUUCCUCGAUAGAUUUAAAAGUAAGGAGAGCUAUUUAAAUUUCCAUAAAGCUCACCUGCUAAUGGUUUAACAUGUGUUUGGUUAUGGUAAAGGCAGUAAAUUUGAACCAAGGAGCUGGCUCAUUAAAUUGGUUCAAUAGUGUUAGUGAGUAAAAGAGCAGUUAUAGACUGCAGGGCAGUCUACCCAGGCAUCGAAAAGCUGUACAUAAAUGCCUGUAUAAAUUGUACUACGUUUGGCGUGAAUAAAUAUACAAUGGAA